ACCCUAAAGAUGGCGUUCAAUCGACAUGUGCCGGGAAGCUUGAGAAGCACUAGUGGCUGAAACAUUUGGUUGUCGACAUGGACAGUGCCUAUACGUUGCAUGAGAAAAUCAAAUUUUAACUUUGCAGAGUUGACCUGUUUUAUCGAUCCUUCAGCAGUUUAUUAAACAUGCCAACUGUGAUAGCUCUAGAUGUGUCUCUGUCUAUGAGUAGACCUGUGACAGGAACAGAAUGUCCGGAGGAAUAUCAGCGUCGAAACUUAGCCAUUCAUGGCAUCAACACCCUACUUGAUUUUAUGGCUUCAAGCUGUAGACUAGAACUGACUUCCUUGGUGGUCUUUUCCUACCUUUGGGAACAGCUUGUGAGUUUUACACGGGAUUUCGAGUCUAUAAAGACAGCAUUGAACAAAGUUGAGGAAUACAACAUUACAAGUAUAGAAGCUGCACUGACUGGAAUCAGCUCUGUCAUCAACGAACAAUGGAGUGCCAUAACUCCCUGUCAGGCUAUUUUGAUCACCGACGGUUCAACGGGUGCUGGCCAAAGAUCACUACAAACUAUGUUACAUAACUGGAACAAGUACGAAGGCUCUAGUAGUGAUGACAAGUUUCCUCUCCCUUUUCCAUUUUCCUGUAAGCUUAACGUAGUUAUCCUGGGUAAUCCUAAUGAUGCUGAAGUCAAAAGUGCCAUUCCCAUGUUUGAAAAACUUAUUGAAAUCAAUGGCCAAGGAGGGGAAGUGAUGGUGCCAGAAAAUGCCUUGGGCUUAAAAAGUGUGCAGACUCUCUUUGAACAAUUAGCUGAGCGCUGCUAUUCACCCUAUCAGGGUACAUUACAGUGUGGUCAUUUCAAAUGUCCGGUUCAUCUGUACCCAGCAAUAGACCCAUACAGGAAGAAUCAUGAUUUUGAGACGAUUGACAUAGAAAUUGCUGAUACUUUGGAAAUUCUGGGGUUUUUAGAUAUAGCUGAUGCUGCCAGUCCUCAGACUCUAUCCAGACAUCUGGUGUUUCCAAACUCUUCAAAAGAAAACAAAGAUGAAGCAAGUAAGGAUGUGAAAACUGAAGAAGAGGAUGAGUCAGCUGUUAGUCAUGAUGAGGGGAAAGUUCCAGCAUUCACUGUGCUUCUUCAUGGCAGUCUGAAGGUGGAGGGGAUGGUGGCCCUUACAAAAAUUGGUCCAGACUGGUAUGGCCUCCUGUACUCUUGGGCAGACAGUAAGAAGAAAAGUAACCUGAUGUUGUCUAUUUUAGAACCAGGUCAGGAGCCCAUUAACUGGCUUGGUCCUAUGAACAACCUCGCCCCAAUAUCAGACUUCCCUGAUCCACCAUAUGGAGAAGAUGACAACAAGACCCCAUUUCCUGUACGACCUCUGGAUAAACGUAGCUAUGCACAGAGCUGUGUUGUGUGGAUUAAACCAUCAGGGUUACAGAGUGACUUACAAAAGGUGCUAAGACAUGCAAGAAAACUUCCAGAUAAACAACAACAGUUUUAUAAGGAGUUAAACAGACUGAGGAGGGCAGCCCUGGGGUUUGGUUUCCAUGAAUUACUGGAAGGCAUGGCCACUAUGUUGGAGCGUGAGUGUACCAUGUUACCUGGAACAGCUCACCCAGACGCUGCACUACAGCUUACACAUGCAGCCAACGCACUGCGCAGUGAGACAGCCACAGACAUUGCACAGAUGGUUAUGCCUUUACGAACAAAUUUCAGUCAGGAUGAUUGAAUGUACAGAACUUUACUGGUUUGGAUUAAGGGGCAUCAUCUUCUAGUGAAUUGUGAUUAUCACCAAAUUUUAGAAUUUCUGUCAAAAUAGUCACUGCAUCAAUAUUUGUCUUCACAAAACUGUCGGUAUAUGAUAUUGAACAAAAUGUUGAAGCAGCAAGACUGCCUACAAAGUACCAAGGAGUUUUAAUGCUAAUUUAUCUCAUUACUGCUCUACUAAUAGCCUAUAGGUUUCAUCACCUCAUUGCUUAUCUAUUACUUCAUAGUUUUAAAUGAUAUCAAAACACACAAUACUUUCUAAUGUUGCAAAGGUGGGACAGCAUGAUUUACAUGGAAUCAUGCAGGUUGUACAGAGAAAAGCUAAUAAUUUUGUAAUAUACAGAUCAUAGCAGAAAUAAAACCCGUAUCUGAUUCAAGAUUUAUAGACCCAAUUUUGUAAGUUUUUCUCUACUCCUUGGAGCUUGAAGAUUAAAAUGAGAAUACAUUUUCUGUAUUGGACAUGAAUCGAUCAUCACUUCAUUGAGAAUCUCACUUAAUUGAUUUUAAAUCAUCAGUCUGUUAUUAUUGAAGGUAUUCAUGGAAUAAAGUUGCCUAUUUUCGUUAA